UCCCCCCCGGUUGCGCAUUUCCGUUGCCAUAACGUCACUUCUGGAUGUCAAUAUGCGGCUUGGUGCGGCGCUGGGAAACGGGACUACUGGAAAGAUGUAAACCAAGUAACCAGCGAAGACACUAAACGUUAUCUCCGGAGAAACCGUACCUUAGGUCCGAUAAACGGAACCAGAUCAACGGGCAGCUCGUUGAGUCGCUAUCCCCGAAGCAGCGGAUUUUCUGCCUCAAGCAGCCAUCUUUUGUGAGAGAAUGUACGGGGCGACACGGCAGGCCUGCUCGGGCUCUGGCCGGGGCCGGAGCCUGCUGAUGCUGACGACCGCGCUCCUGCUCUCGGUUAUCGGGCUGCUCUCCGGGCUGCCUGGCUUAACCGAGGCGAAGGAAUGCGACAAACCAUGUAUGAACGGGCAGUGCAACGCCGCUACUGGCAUCUGUGUAUGCUUUCCCGGCUGGGUUGGGGACCAAUGCCAGCACUGCGGAGGGCGAUUCAGGUUGACGGGGCCCUCUGGUCAUCUGACUGAUGGUCCAGGAAACUAUAAGUACAAGACCAAGUGCACCUGGCUGAUCGAGGGACAACCUAACACCAUACUCCGAUUACGCUUCAACCAUUUUGCCACUGAAUGCAGCUGGGACCACCUUUAUGUGUACGACGGAGACUCCAUUUACGCCCCCCUUCUCGCUGCUUUCAGUGGUCUGAUUGUUCCUGAACGUUAUGGGAAUGAGACGGUUCCUGAGGUGGUGUCUCAGUCCGGCUUUGCCCUGCUGCACUUCUUCAGUGAUGCUGCCUACAACCUGACUGGCUUCAACAUUUCCUACAGGGUGAAUACAUGUCCCAACAACUGCUCCGGCCGGGGCGAAUGUCGUGUGGGGAACUCCACUGGUUCAGUGUACUGUGAGUGUGAAGCCAACUGGAAGGGGGAAGCCUGUGACGUCCCCUACUGCCUGGCUGACUGUGGCUACCCUGAAAGAGGUCGCUGCCAGGGCAAGACCUGCAUCUGCAAGACCGGAUGGCAAGGUCCAGACUGCUCCGUGUCAGUGCCUGCCAACUCCUCUUUCUGGAGUCGGGAGGAGUACACCGAGGCCGGGCUGCCCAGGGCUUCCCACAAGGCCACGGUGGACCAGGGCAUCAUGUGGGUCAUUGGAGGCUACGUCUUCAACGCAUCCGACUAUCACAUGGUCAAAGCGUACAACCUCAGUAGCAAGAGCUGGCUGACCCUUGACCCCUCCGUCAACACUGUCACGCCACGUUAUGGCCAUUCAGUGGCUCUGCAUGAGGGGAAGAUCUACAUGUACGGAGGAAAGAUUGACUCCACAGGAAACGUGUCCAGCCAGUUGUGGGUUUUCCACAUUCAGAACCAGACCUGGGUGCUCCUGAGCCCCCGGGCCAAGGAGCAGUAUGCCGUGGUGGGACACUCGGCCCAUAUUGUGCCUCCCGUCCAGGAGGGGGCUAGUCCCAUCAUGCUAGUUCUGUUUGGACAUUGUCCUUUGUACGGUUACAUCAGCCAGGUGCAGGAGUACAACAUAGCCAAGAACACAUGGAGCGUGGUGCCCACAGACGGUGCACUGGUCCAGGGUGGCUACGGCCACAGCAGUGUUUUCGACCCUAGCACCAGAGCCAUCUACAUCCACGGAGGCUACAAGGCCUUCAGUGCCAACAAGUACGGCCUGGCUGGAGACCUGUACAAGUUCGAUGUGGACAAGAGGAAAUGGACAAUUCUGAGAGACAGCGGCUUCUUCCGUUACCUCCACACAGCGGUGAUAGUGAGCGGGACGAUGCUGGUGUUUGGAGGAAACACACACAACGACACGUCCAUGAGCCACGGUGCCAAGUGUUUCUCCUCUGACUUCCUGGCCUACAGUCUGGCAUGUGAUGAGUGGACAGUGCUGCCUCGACCGGACCUCUACCACGACGUCAAUCGCUUCGGACACUCCGCAGUCUUCAGUGACAGUGUGAUGUAUGUGUUAGGUGGCUUCAACAGCCUGCUGCUCAGUGACGUCCUCAUGUACACCUCGCUCAGCUGCUCGGCCUUCUCCAGCCCGGCGUCCUGCAGCCAGGCCUGGCCGGGGCUCCACUGCGUCUGGAACAACACCCAGGGGACCUGCCUGCCCUGGGAGAGCAACGCUAUCGGAACCGAACAGCAGCAGCUACCAGCGUCUUGUAACACACGAUCAUAUGCUGAUAACGAGAGGUGUGACCAGUAUACAGACUGCUACAGUUGCACUGCUAACACCAAUGGCUGCCAGUGGUGCUCAGGCCAGUGUGUGUCUCUGGGAAGCAACUGCACCUCUGCCACGGGGGCCAUAGGAGAGUAUGAAGUUUGCCCCAAGGACAACCCCUCAUAUGUAUGCAACAAGAAAACCAGCUGCAAGAGCUGUGCUGUGGACCAGAACUGUCAGUGGGAACCUCGCAACCAGGAGUGCAUCUCACUGCCAGAAAACGUGUGCGGUGAAAGCUGGCAUCUGGUGGGCAACUCCUGUCUGAAAUUCAUCACGGCAAAGGACUCGUACGACAACGCCAAGCUGGCCUGCAGGAGCCACAACGCCGUCCUGGCCUCGCUGACCACGCAGAAGAAGGUGGACUUUGUCCUGAAGGAGCUGCAGAUUAUGAGCGUGGUGUACAAGGCCACAGUGACGCCCUGGGUGGGGCUCAGGAAAAUCAAUGUCUCGUACUGGUGCUGGGAGGACAUGUCGCCCUUCACCAACACAACCCUGCAGUGGCUACCCGGCGAGCCGAGUGACGCUGGGUUCUGUGGCUACCUGGCCGAGCCAGCAUCCAGCGGACUGAAAGCACAAACCUGCAUCAACCCAGUGAAUGGCAGCCUGUGUGAACGGCCAGCCAACCACAGUGCCAAGCAGUGCCGGACACCGUGUGCCAUGAGAAGCACCUGCAGCGAAUGCACCAGCAGCAGCUCAGAGUGUAUGUGGUGCAGCAACAUGAAGCAGUGCGUCGACUCCAACGCCUACGUGGCCUCCUUCCCCUUCGGACAGUGUAUGGAGUGGUACACCAUGAAUACUUGUCCACCGGAGAACUGCUCUGGGUACAGAACAUGUGGCCAGUGUCUGGACCAGCCGGGCUGCGGUUGGUGCACCGACCCCAGUAACACGGGCAAAGGUCAGUGCAUCGAGGGCUCAUAUCGCGGGCCCUUCCAGACCUCGGUCCCGGCUCCAUCCACCCUCCCCGGCCUGCACACCAGCUCCCAGCCGGCCCUCAAUGCCAGCAUGUGCCCCGGCGAGGCCAAAUAUAACUGGUCCUUCAUACACUGCCCAGCUUGUCAAUGUAACGGUCACAGCCAAUGUGUCAACGAGAGUGUGUGCGAGAAGUGUGAGGACCUGACAACCGGCCGACACUGCGAGAGCUGCAUCUCUGGCUUCUACGGAGAUCCGACCAACGGGGGCAGCUGCCAGCCCUGCAAGUGUAACGGCCACGCCAGCAUGUGCAACCCCAACAAUGGCAAGUGCUUCUGCACCACUAAGGGCAUCAAAGGAGAUCGCUGCCACCUGUGUGAAGUUGAGAAUCGUUACCAAGGCAACCCCCUCAAAGGAACAUGCUACUACACGCUCCUCAUCGACUACCAGUUCACCUUCAGCCUGUCGCAGGAGGACGACCGCUACUACACCGCCAUCAACUUCGUGGCCACACCUGAGGAGCCAAACCGGGAUCUAGACAUGUUCAUAAAUGCCUCGAAGAACUUCAACCUGAACAUAACCUGGGCCACUAGCUUCACCGCAGGCACGCAGACCGGGGAGGAGAUCCCUAUCGUCUCUCGGAGCAACAUCAAGGAGUUCAAAGACAGCUUCUCCAACGAGAACUUUGAUUUCCGCAACAGCCCAAACAUAACGUUCUUUGUCUAUGUCAGCAACUUUACAUGGCCCAUUAAGAUUCAAAUCGCCUUCUCCCAGCACAGUAACUUCAUGGAUCUGGUGCAGUUCUUUGUCACAUUCUUCAGCUGCUUCCUGUCCCUGCUCCUGGUGGCCGCCGUGGUUUGGAAGAUCAAACAAAGCUGCUGGGCGUCACGGCGACGAGAGCAACUGCUGAGGGAGAUGCAGCAGAUGGCCAGCCGGCCUUUCGCCACCAUCAAUGUCGCCUUGGAGACGGAUGAGGAGCCACCUGACCUGAUAGGAGGAAAUGUCAAGUCCGUCCCAAAACCCAUCGCCCUCGAGCCUUGCUUUGGCAACAAAGCCGCCGUGCUCUCCAUCUUUGUGCGGUUACCCAGGGGCACCGGCGGCAUCCCUCCUCCAGGACAGUCUGGUCUGGCAGUGGCCAGUGCGCUGGUGGAUGUAUCUCAGCAGAUGUGUGUGGGCUACAAGGAGAAGUCUGGAGGGCUGAGGAACCGCAAACAGCAGCCCACCGCACAGCCAUCCACCUGCAUCUGAUCACGCCCCCUGUCCUCCUCUACCACCCCACCACCCAAUGCUCUCCCAUUAACCCCCCGCCUCGGCCUCCACCUUCAGAGACUUCUGCCAGCUCCGCUCUGGCAGGGAGAGGUGCAUGCUGGGACGCAGGACUAGAACAUUUUGGUGAGGGGCCGAGUUGUCCGGUGGACUGGAGCCUCAGCGUGCUUUCACUCCCUCUCCUCCUACGGGAACAAUGGGUCCCCAUGAACUGAAUGACAGAAACUGGACUCAAAGAGGGGGAACAGGGGAGGGAGGGAGGGAGGGACAGCGUGGGUGCUGACUUCACCCUUUUCUCUCAAAAAAACAUUUUACAUUUGUCGACACCGCCUCGUUGCAGUCGAGGUGGCCACGGCUUGCUGCUAGAAGAGAUCCUCGUCUCGUAGUUUUUGAAAAAUCCAGAGACUUUGCAACGCUCUAUAUUCUUGUUUUACUUAAGUUAUUCUUUGUUUUAUAUUGUUUUAUUUUGAAGGCAGGAACAAACUGGACAUGUUCAGCUGCACAUGCACACACAAAAACACACACACACACACACACACACACACACACAGACACACACAGACACACUUCCAAAAAACAACUUUCCAGGCUCUUGCACCCAUUUGUAGCCCAUUGUCGCCUGCUGUCAUGUUCACAGCUCAGCACUGAGGGCUGAUGUCACCGGGGUCCUGUACAGUUCGGCCUCCGAGCAAGCUAACAGCAUGUUCAGUCUUCCUUUAAUGAGGAUCCAUUGUAGGAGGCUGGCCAUGCAGCCAAAGCCCAUCUAAAGAGUCUGUGACAUUUCUAAUCAGCAUCUGUGUCUUCGGCUGCUGUCUUCUCUGUGGCCUGUCUGGAGCUUUGUCUCCACCCGUCUCUCUCCGUCAUUGUGGCCAUCCGGCUGCUGAGCCAACUGCCUUUCCAGCCUCUCUGGCUGUGUGGCCGAGUACAAAACAAGACCACAACAUCAUCUCAUCCACGCUGGCUGGCUGGCUGACUGGAUCGUAAGCCAGCGCCGAUUGAAACUUUUCCAGCUAAUUACUCCUCCACCAGUUGCAAUGAAAGCCAAUGGCUCUGCACACACAGGUGUACACUCAGUGUUCUCACACACACACGGCAAAACAGUUGCUGGUGAAAAAAACCUCCAGUGUUUAACGAUUGUCCCUUUGGCAGUGCUGCGCCUCGAGCUAAUGUGAAACAGACUUCCUAUAGAUCGUCUGACUGAUUGAUUGAAGUGAUUAGGCUGACCUGCGUGAGGGAGCCGGGGCAACGGUUCACCAUCCUCUGUGAUCAUUGCCUAAGAAAUCUAUAAUCUCUAAUUGCUGCCCCUGUGUCCCCAAAUGCAACGCAUCUCCCCUCCCCCCUCAAUGCCAGUCACCCUGUCGCUUUCCCCCUGCCGUUCGAUGGCAAUUGUUCCAUGUCCCUGAGCUAUCUACGGCUGCCCAAAUUAGCCCCAGCAGCAGUGACAACUGUGUUCAUAUUGAUGCAGCUACAGUGGAGCUGCUGAUGCCAACAUUUAAACGGUACUGGGCUGACAACUCUGAACAUGAAGCACACACAUAAGUUAACAGAGUGAGCAGCCACAAUGUUUCCUUAUUUGCUCCACUUUUGUUAAAUGGGACUUUUGGAUUGACCACAUCUCAUGGAAGACCUCAGGUAUUGAUUCAAAAAAAAAAAAAAAAAAAAAAAAAAAAAAAAAAAACGAGAAAGAAAAACAUUCAUCGCUUUUUCUUAAAAUUGGCUCUUGAAAUUAUCUUGUUGCCUGGUCUCUUGGUCUUACUCUGUUUUUGUGCUCCAUGUGUGAGGUUGCUCUAAGCCAGCCCUUUAUUUUUCCUUGCUUUUAUAUCUGCUUUACCUGCUUUUUCCACAGUCCUUAUCUGAAAUCACAGGUCCAUUUUUAAAGAAACAUUACUUCUUUUUGUCAACUGGGGAAAAUGAGGGAAACCACAGAAUGAAAGAUAGGAGGAAAACACAAGACACAAAAAAGAAAAAACUCAGGCUGCUAGUUUGAAACAGAGCUGUUGCUUUUAAAUGUCACAAGUAAUUUUCUGUUUUGUAAGGGCAUCAGGGUGUCAGACCUGUGUUUCCUUCAGUACUGAAUAUCAGAGCAGGCUUGAAUUAGUCCAUAAUGGUCAUCCUUGCAGAAUAUAAGUUGGAUACUCCAACACCUGCAGGUCUUUGACUAAAAGCAGAGGGAUACACUAAUAUGGAAAAUAUAUCUCCUCCUAACUCACAUAGUUAUUAACUUCCCGCCCUCUGAGAAGUACAGUAAUAGAACAAUUUAAUAACUUGCAUUAUGCCCUAAAGAAUGUGUCGUAUUUAGUUCCAGGCUCUCUCAUGUGUUCAGCAUACUAGAACUGCUCAUCGUCUGGUUAAAGGGCACACUUUUAGCACUGGGAAAAGGUCAGAGCAGAAAGCAUGAACAAAGUUGACAUUCUGUAAUUAUAGAAAGCUGGAUGUGCUCACAACUCUGCUCAGUGACCUCAGCGAGUAUCGCGCCGUUAAGGAGUCAGCUCUGUUCAUUCUUGCACCGAGAAAUCAAAGUACUUCACUUUAUUAUCAAUCGUUUUUUGCUCUAGAGCAACCUUUUUUAGCUGUCAUGCCCGGUUUAGGUUUUGAUGUUUAUUCGGUCCCUUCUGCAGAGGCUUGAUGGUGGAAAAUAACCAUCAGGUGAAUGUGAUAAAAUUUGGUCUGUGGUUGGUAAGUUUGUCCACCUGAUUACAAAUUGCAUGAAUAACCUGCCACAAAAAGUCCUUCAGAGUUGCAUAAAACAUUUUAUUAAACACUGUUUCAGUCCAUCUAAAAGCAAAGCGAGGAGGACGGGCCGUCCAUUUCUUUUUAUUUUUGUAACCAGCCACUGGCAGGUAACUAACCAUCGUUUGGAGGUGCUAUUCAAUUCCAAAAAUCUUGUUGGGUGUUAAAAUGCUGACAGCAAAGGGAAUAUUUUGGGAUGUACAAGGCUCUGUGGCUCUAGGAAGGCAAAAAUACUCUUGGGCCUUGGCAGAAAUUACACCUGACUUUAGUAAAAUUCAGUUUAUGGGUCAAACUGUUUUAACCUGCUUGGCAAAUUGGCGGGGCUUAAUUAAUGUGACGUCCAUAUUUAGUAAACACUCAUCUGGUGCUCCGAGCAGCUUAAAACAAAAGCACCAAUUAACAAUUAUUUGAAGUAAGAUUGUGACCCUGAGCUGAUGAAGACCAGAGAGAGGUGAGCAAACAUAACCUGAAAAGUCACAUGACCCAUCAUCAAAUGGGUGAUGUGCUCCUGAGACUGUAAUGCCUGAAGUGUACAUGUACUACGUCUCUGUUCUCUGCAGCAUCAGCAGCACUCUCACUUUAACAGGAGCAGCUCUGAGAUCAGCCAGCAUCUCUGAUUUUCUGUAGGUGAAAUGUUUAAUUCCACAAUGCUCUCUUUCCAUUUAAAAAAAACACUACGUGUUCAUGAUGCUUACUGUUAAAAAAUCACUUAUUGCAUUCUCCAGUAACAAUAUUCAGUGACAAAAUGUACAACUAUAGUCGUCUUCAGUUGCAAAUUUUGUUUUGUUUCACACAAAGCAAAGAUCUAAUUUUGCAAAGAAACUCUAUGACUGAUUCAAAUGUACUGUAGUAAUAAUUUCACAAAGAAUGAAGAUUGUGUUUGUUUGUUUUUUUUUUCUUUUGUAAAUGAAUGUAAAAUGAAAAAUCGCCUGUGCAUCCACGGUGACUCUGUAAACUGGAGCUCGCUGGAGGCAGUUUGUAAGUCCCAGCAGCCUGCUGUCAUCAGUUCCUCUGUGGCACUGGGUGACAGGGCAGUUCGGUGGUUAACACAGACAACACAGUAACUGAAAGGUCACGGGUCAGACCAUGUAAGAGCUGGUUUGUCUUGUUGAAGAUGUAUUGAGAAAGACACUGAACUUGUAAAGAAGAUGUAAGGUCUGCGGACUGCUCAGAGCCUCGUGAACCAUGAUCUUUUUGUGCUUGAUGGUUCAGACAAGCAGAUCCUGGGUCUGAUAGUGUCUACAAAUUAAUCUUUAAUGUUUGUUUUUACCUCUAUGUAUAAUUGAUAUAACACUUCUUUGACGAACUAAACUAUUUAUUUUAUUUUGUUGUUCUUUGUGGCCAGUCUCACCCAUUUCAAAUUGCAAUGAUGAUAUUGAUGAAAAACAAACACUAUUAUCUGCAAAUGCUAUUAGACCCAAAUCUGUAGUCAGCAGCCUUACACUGGGUUCCUACACAGGUCUGCAAAGUCUCAAAGCAUCAAAAGUGAUUAGGAAUAUUUAGGGAAAAAAACAUUGCUUUUUCAACAGUUAUUCAAAGUAUUUCCCCCCGGUCCACCCAUAGAAGCGUUUUCAUUUAUUUUUGGCUGAUUAGAUGUCUUUUCAGGUGUGUGGGCGUCUACAGACGGUGCUUGAUUGACGUCUCCUUCAUUGUCCUUUUAGUUUUGUUACACCUGUUAGGGUGGGACUAAAUUAGACCUCUUUGAGAUUGGACAAUAUGACCUAAAAUCUAAAAUCAUGAUAAAUUGCCACAUUAACCUUGAUAAUGAUAAAUAUAUUUUCCUCCUCAUGUUGGCUCAUUUCAUUGUUUGUCUAAUUAAUUACAGUAUGACCAGUUCAAAAUUCUGGACUUCUUGAUUGGAAUGUGUGCUGAUUGGUUGGUUGAACCUCAGGUCAAAUGUUAUUGGCUGUUGUGACUAUUCUUGAAUAAUUAUGAUAUUCAGAAAAUUUAUUGAAACGUGAUAUGAGGAAAUUUGGGUCUUUGACAGAUUCAUGAUGUCAGUAAUCGGAUACAUUUGGUUUUGUAUCCAGCCCACAUGCACACAUGCAAGGAGUGUCCCAGCCUUCCUAUCUGAGACCCCACAGAAGUGACACAUCAAAACUUAAGAGCGCAAUACAAACCUUCGCUCUGUCCAGAGAAGGCUGGCCUCACUAAGGUUAAAUCUUUUGACUUCUUCCCUUCGGUCAAAGCCCAGCCCUGUUGGUAAACAUAAACUUUACUGUCUGCCCUGUACUGAUGUUGCAUUACAAGAUUCCUGGGUCCUAAAGUUCAGAUUUUUCAGAUGAUUAUCUCUCACCACAGUUUGAAGCUGCCCGAGUGUGAAGUGGCCCCGAGCUGCUCAAAAUAUCUGAGAGGGAGUGUGGAUAUGUGUAGGAACCCUGUACACUGUCUGCCAUCGUACCCGUGAAAUACCUGUCAAAUUAGUUUCAAUUUUAAAGAGAUGGGCAACUCCCUCUAUCUCGCCCCGCUUUCCGAGCCUCAAACUUUAUCGGGUAACACUUUAACUUUACAGUGGCCUUAUUUCAGCUCAUUAAUCGCUGUAUUAACUGAUAGCAAUGUACAACAAAUAAUCACAAGUGUGAUUAGUUACUGGAAAUCUCCUUAAUACUCACAAUACAAGUAGACACAAGAGUUUUCUCAAACACUGGCAGCAUUAAUAUGUAUUUAAAAUGCUUAAAUACACAGGUUAAAGCAUCAGAAUAAGGUCAUUGUAAAAUCAGGCAUUACCCUCCUUUCUUCCUUUCUGUCUCUCUUUGUAUAGUGGCAUUAUAUAUACUGAGGAAUAGUUAAUAUGUAUAAUUUAGCAGUUGCUGUUUUUUUGUAAAUAAUGAGAAAGUAUUGUGAAUGACAUUUGUUGAAUGGUUUUAAAAAAUCGUUUAUGGCAAACCUCUCCAGGCUUUUAUAAAUGUGACUGCAGUACAUAGCAUAUUUUAUAUGUAAGACAGCAGUGUAAAGAUGAACAAGCAUUACUAGAAGCUGAUGAAACUACGUGUAAAACUUGAGGAUAAUAGCUUACUGAACUUGUAAUUACUGAUGUACAUAAAAGAAUGACAGAACAUUUUUGUCUAUUAUUAAAUGUGAAAAUCCA